GCCGUUUCGGCGUCGCUAAACAGCAGUGUUCGCGCGGAACUCCUUAUUUUUCAAUCGGGAAAUCGCCGCGCCGUCCUGCAAUUAUACCAUCCCCAUAAAAAAAACUAGCUAAUAAAGCUUCUAAACAAGAUACACAUAUCACAGCGAGCUUCUGGCUCCACAGUCAGCAGUAGCAGCAAUAUCAAAGUAAUAUCUAUUUGUCUUGUUUUUCCUUUUCAGCUCUCCUAUGAGGGCAGAGAGAUAUGCCACAGUUGGUAAAGUCUGUGAUUAAUCCAACGAUAUAACAAGUAAGUAAAAUUCUUUCCCAGGUCCGAGCUCGACCCCGCUGUACUCACUACCGCUUGCCUUCAACACCGUUCUUAUUGUUCUUCCUGCAGAUAGUUGCAGUGGUACGGGCGUGGACGAUUGUUCCGAACGACGCCGUUGCCCAGCAUCUCGCUGCGUGAGCGGCCGGCGGCGAGCUUCCGCCGCAGCUCCACUACCGGAACACAGUGGCACGAGUCGCCGGUGGACAUGCGAACUCGCUCAACGCAUUCAUUGAUACAUACACACAGACACCCAGCAACACCCGCGUCAGCGGCGUAGUACUGUAUUCUUGUCCUGGAAAGUGAACUACCUCUCGCGACUCUCAAGCCAGACGCCAGAGGCAGCCGUCAUAGCCGCCGUUACAGCUGCUACGAGCGUUCAGCAAACAACGUUGUUGGUAACCACGUUUGUGAAAAAGGGAAAGAAAAAAAGUGUGCAUUUGUUGCCAAUGUGGAUUUGUUUGUCUGUCUGUUUGUAACUUACAAAUGUGGGGUUACUUAGCGACUCGUGCUGCUAAUGCCGCUGCCUGCGAUUUGCUGCGAUUCGGCCAACAAGUGCUGGAUGUGUUACUGUUGCCGUUAUGCACCGAUUGCUUCCCCAUAAGCGUGGUUUUUGUUGUUUAGAAGUGGUGCUUUGAUAUCGAUGCUGUGGACAAAGCUUCUUAGUGUGCUUUACUGUCUGCAUAGUCAAUCAGUACCUAUUUGGCACUUAGUCGAUUGGCCGGCCGGCCAGCCCGCCAGCGAGUCAGUGAACGCCGUGCCCAGUCAGGGCACUUGAGCGCGCGCCAUAUCAAGUACUGAUUCGAGUAGCAUUAUCACCGCUGCUCAAUAAUCAACUAUCUCUGAAUUUUUCUUUAGCAAACUGGUCCAUUGCUCAGUAGUAUUCCUGUCUGUCUAUCGGUUUGUCGCUACGUCCUGCAAAGAGACGUGAGGUAAAAGGGGCCGCUAACGAAGUUAGAGAGUGAAUGGAUAGACGCACCAGACGUGGCAAAUGUCGGAGCCCUUGAAAAAAGUGAGUUCGUAACGGAAGACAGUCUCGGAGUGGGUGCGAAGUGUUUUGGAGUAACUGUUCUAAAGCUAGUGGUAAUCGAGAAACGAAGUGUAUUGUAUAAAAAACAAAGUGUGGAAAAGAGAAGGCCUAUUGGUUACUGAAUGCGAUUAUUAAUUGUAUCAGCGAAUUAGAACGAGCGAUAACUGGUGCUAAGAUUGUGUACUCUGUGCGUGUAUCUGGAGUGAGGGAGUGUGUCUAACACGAUGGCCGACCCCGCAGCGGUGGGAGCUCUAGAUAAGGUGAAUGGUAAGCCGGAGUCGAAAAAUGGGCCCACUCCGACCGCUAAUGCCGGGAAAGAACACACUGGAACGGCUAUACUCAGCACCAGAAGAAGUUCUACAGCGCCGAUUUCAGCUACGACAGAGGCUCCUGUGUCGAAUCAGGCGCAAACCGCGACGAAAAAUCUCCUUGAUACAGCCUCUGGACGUCUCAGGGAAUCGAAGUUGGCGGGUAAUAUGAAAUCCCGUGGGCGCUAUAGGAGUCGCUCGUUAUCUGCGUCCUCGACGGAUUCGUAUUCUUCCACAUCAUAUACGGACACGAGCUCCGAUGAUGAGGGCGUGACACCGCGAGAAAAAAUCCAAAAGUCGUCGAAGGGAUUUACCGAUUUCUGUGUUAAAAACAUCGGGCAGGCCGCUUUUGGCAGGCGAGAAAUCGAAAUUGCUGAGCAAGAGAUGCCCGGCAUUGUGGCGCUUCGUAAAAGAGCAGAAGCAGAUAAACCACUAAACGGGGCUAAAAUUGUCGGCUGUACGCAUAUCAACGCGCAGACCGCGGUGCUAAUUGAAACGCUCGUCGCAUUGGGGGCCGGCGUUCGGUGGGCUCCGUGCAAUAUUUAUUCCACGCAGAACGAGGUUGCGGCCGCCCUGGCGGAGGCUGGUAUCCCCGUGUUUGCGUGGAAGGGCGAAACCGAGGAAGACUUUUGGUGGUGUAUUGAUCGCUGUGUACAAGCCGACGGGUGGCAACCAAAUAUGAUCCUGGACGAUGGUGGAGAUGCCACACAUUUAAUGCUAAAGAAAUAUCCAGCAACGUUCAAGCUGAUCAAGGGCAUCGUUGAGGAGAGUGUUACCGGGGUACACCGUCUGUAUCAACUGGCCAAGGCGGGCAAACUUACUGUGCCAGCCAUGAACGUAAAUGAUUCCGUUACCAAGACCAAAUUCGACAAUCUUUAUUCAUGUCGCGAAUCCAUCCUUGAUGCAUUGAAGCGUUCGACAGACGUGAUGUUUGGCGGGAAACAGGCGCUGGUCUGCGGUUAUGGUGAAGUCGGAAAGGGUUGCUGUUCUGCCCUGAAGGGCAUGGGAGCUGUCGUAUAUGUCACCGAGAUCGAUCCCAUCUGUGCACUACAGGCCUGCAUGGAUGGCUUUCGUGUUGUGAAAAUUAGCGAAGUGAUCCGGAACGUCGACAUGCUUGUCACCGCCACAGGCAACAAAAACGUGGUCACUCGUGAGCACAUCGAUAAGCUAAAGAACGGUUGUAUCGUCUGCAAUAUGGGUCACUCCAACACCGAGAUCGACGUGCAGAGCCUGCGUACUCCGGAGCUUACCUGGGAAAAAGUCCGUUCUCAGGUCGACCACGUCAUUUGGCCUGAUGGGAAACGGAUCGUCUUGCUUGCCGAAGGCCGCCUGGUCAACCUGUCGUGCUCAUCAAUUCCAUCAUUCGUUGUUUCAAUCACCGCCGCUACACAAGCGCUUGCCCUGAUCGAGCUGUACAACGCACCGGCUGGCCGAUACAAGUCUGACGUGUACCUGCUACCGAAGAAGAUGGAUGAAUACGUGGCGUCACUUCAUCUGCCUACCUUCGACGCGCAUCUAACCGAAUUGACGGAUGAACAGGCUAAAUACAUGGGCCUUAACAAGGCCGGACCAUUUAAGCCCAAUUUCUAUCGCUAUUAGACAAGUCAAUGUUGGCGAUAAUUACAAUGGCCAAAAAAUGCUAUGUAAUAAUCAAUUACGAGGCUAACAUGAUGACUUGGAAUAAUAACAAACAAAAAACACCCCAACAGCAACAAAUACAAAAGAGACAGUAAAAAAAGCAAGCGAACAUAAAAAAAGUGCUGUCAAUACUGCCACAGGGAUAUAGCAACACCGGAGAGCGAAGUCGUCGCCAAAGCUGAAGACAAUGCAGCGGAUACAGCAAUGUAAUGUAAUGAAUCGUUACCAAAAUACCAGAGAAGAUGAACACUUGGUAACCUAUUCGUGUGCUUAUCGUAAAAUCCGUUCUUGAUGGGGUUUCCGUGCUGUUUUUAGUACCACUUGGUGACCCUGCUGGAUUAGUGCAAGCAUUCCACCGGGCUGUUUAUGUGUAUGUGUGUGUCUAUUAGAUUAUGUGGAACGGUUUAGUAACGAAGCAUAAUUGACAACAUAGAUGAUCUAUGGCUUGCUGCUAUUUUUGCAAGACGUAUACAAGCAGACGGCGUGUUUUAAUCUGGUCCAGCAGAAUAGCAAGUUUCUGGAACUUUCAAAUCAAUUGGUAUAAACAACUGGGUUGAAAUCGAAGGACAACCCGAUUGGGUUUUCGUUGAAAAGCCGUUUCAUACGGAGCAAAUUCUGCAUGAAGUUCCUCGCUUGUUUAUCGUCUUAUAAGUCUAUACAAAGCAAGUCCAUAUUAUAUAGUGAUCGAACGGUAUGCAUGAGUUUUUUUCUUGUUACAAUAUGGCGAAUUGGCUGUGCUGCUCGAUCGACAACACUGCGACUAUAGUACAGAUGCGCGGGUUGCAGUUUACUACCGGGAUGUUAGGCGGUGCUAUGACAUGAUCAGAUCUAUCUACGCCUUUUAGUCCUUCGGAUUUUUGAAGGGCUCAUUGUCCGAAGCGUAUCUUUCAUUUGAUACAAUCACACCUUCUCCAGAUAGUUUUCGAAAUCCCCUAUUGCCGCCGCGUUCAAGCUGGAGUGCAGUGGGCGUUGAUGGAUGCGUGUGCAAUCGUAAAGGGCAGUCCAAGGAUUUGAAGGUUGAAUUAGAUGAAAUAAUCCUGUUUACGAUAAUAGCCUAUUGAUUAACGUCCCUUUGAAGCGAAGCCGUGUUCUAAUGUCAAACCCUUAUUAAAACGCAUUUCGCAGAAUUGAAGGACCGAAAGGAGUUGAAUCCAGUUUGGAUCCAAAACAAUGAUGUUUUUGGCAUACUUUGAUGACCCUGCAGGAGGCACUUCCAGGAAGAGGCGUGCAGACAUGAAACACGCAGACGGAUAAUGUGGGUUAUUAUCGAACUCCGAUAGAGCAAUGAUAGUGGCGAUUAUAAUUACUAAUCUUAGUAAUACGGCAAUUUUUAUUAUAUAUAGAUAUAUUAGUAUUUGCAAGCGAGAGUAAUUAGCGAAGAGCUACGUAACAUUUGUAAGCCGCUGCUCGAGUACUAUAAUUGCGCAUCCAGAGCACGAUCCUGUCGUUCGUUAGUAUUAAGGAGCAGGGCAAGGACGAAUAAGAGAGCCAUGCAAGGACCGCUGCCUGUGCUAGACGUCCCUAUUAGGCGUCAUGUUAUGGCGGGGCGCUUAAUCAAACACAAUGUUACGAAAAUCAUAGAGGGAUCAGAAAAGAACGUAUGCGCAAAACAAAUAUCCGUUCAGAGCUGAAAGUAAUGGCGGAGCAGUGAAGACAUGGUGAAAUCUAAUUACAUGGAUGCUUGCAGCAGAAAUCACUCUUUAGCUAAAGAAUACGACUCAUACUGCUGUUCACAUAGCUACUAUUGAAGUAUUAGCACGGCUUUUUCGUAGAGAUGAGGUUAAACGCUAGCGACUAUAUCAAACGUCCAGGGGAACUUUGGGACUAACGCAGGAGGUAAGUUACAGGGCUAAACGGUUACAACAAAAGAGCAGAUGCAAGAUGUGAAGUUAGGUGGAAAAACAAAAUGAUGCCUAUGAGCGAAAAUAGGUUACAACAAACUGGAGAUUGUCAGAAUGUUUAGAAAGGCGCGUGCCUCUUAUAUUGCCAGGACUGCCCUUAGGGCCGCACAUAAUAUAUGCUACCGCCAUUGUUGGGAGGGAACAAAAGUUGCAAGGUACGAAAAUUAUGCUGACAAUACAAAAAACCUCGUCUCUCUGUGUAGUGCAGCUCUACAAAUUGAAAAUGCUGGUAAGUUAUGGAGAUUGUUCAAGUCAGAUUUUUUAAAUAGAAUGAUUAAAUGGUUAAAAAGGCCUAUUUUAUCAUAAGUGAAGGACAUCCUGACUAAUCAAUUGAUCAAGCCUUCGCCUUCGAAAGGAGAUAGAGAUACAUCAUAUGCCGAAGCUCCUACAAACACCAUAUGUGUUAACGCUAGCUAGUACCGAGUGAAUAGCUCUAAACUAUGGAGAGUGAUACAACAAUAUCAUAGUGCUGAAAUAAAACCCCAGUUCCCUAAAUCGCGACGGUUAUGAGCCCCGGUGACCGUUGCAUAUCAAGAGAUGCCAUCCAAUAUAUAUAUAAACAGAUAUUUCGCUAAUAAUUGUCAUUAUUAUAACCCUAUUAUAUGAAUAUUCUGGUUAUCACAAUUAAUAUUGAUAUUUAUAAUAAAUUUAGUUGUAUUUUCAGGAACAAGAUGUACAUCGGCGAGAAAUAUGUCGAACGGUAAACAAAUCUGUAAAUGAGACAUAUAUAUAUAUAUAUAUAUAUAGAUAUAUAUAGAGAGAGAAAAAAAAAGAAGAAAAAAACGAAAAAAUGUAUUGAAACGUAAGCCACCUUUUGAAUAUAUGGCGCGUAUUUCGAACUGCGUAGCGGCAAAUGAUAAUAUCGAACGUAAUGCACAGUCAACGACUGCUAGGGAUGAUAUUAUAGAUGUCCGGUGUGGAUUAGGACAUAGACAGAGCUUGAAGCAUAAGAACGAAAGCUGUUCGAUCGUUGCGGCACUCGUUUUGCUUAACAGAAAACCGUCUCUCCUACAACAGGACACAGCCCCGCUUAGGAAGUAUUCAACCACAUCCAGAUUUAAGUAGCCAACUUUCCGAUGAUACAGCGUCUUGCUACGUGUCUGGGUCGGGAAGCCUGUAGAAUCGAAUACAUCAAAUCUGGAGUCGUCUCGAAACUUGAAAAGUUCCAGUGUUUCUCAUGUUCACAUCUACAUACGCACGCCCAAUAAUUGGUUUUUAAUCAUUUUUUGAAGGGUUAGAAAAAUAUACACGAUAAAACAAGUAAAACAAAAAUCGCAGUGUCAACGUUACUGUGUAAAAGUAUAGCAUAAAUACAGUAACAACGCUAGUAGACUGGAGCAAACGCGAAGAGGCAAACGAAGAUUCAUUAUUCUAAAGAAAGAGUCGCACCAUUAUAUAGUACAUUCUAGUUAAAAACAAAUAUUAAAAACAACGAUGUUUUUGUUUAACUCGUUUUGUUCAAUUGACGUGAGAGCCAUUAGAUAAUUGAUGGGACUAUAAUUUAGCUGCAAUGAAAGCCAAUGCCUUCAUUUUCUAUAAGCGAAAAAUGAUAACAUUUACCCAAUAUUGAAUAUUUGUCAAAGAUUUUAUUGUAUGGCAAUAUAUGUGUGUAAGGUUGGUAUCGAUAAUUAAAAGAGCCUAAAACACCAUAUUAAAUUUACUCAUAUUUAUUUAGAGUGUUUGAAACUAUUAAUCAGAUUGAAAUUUGUUAAAUAAAUAGGCCUUCUGCUGAGUUUGCUCGAGAAUUGGACACUGUUGCAAUUAUGUCGUUCUCAAUAUAGACCAUGCUUAUUAAUAAAUAGUCCCGUAGAUCAGUGCUACUUGGAAAUUAGUUUACAUUAUUUAAUUUUCGGAAAAUUUGUAAAAAAAAAAUCAUAAAAAUGACCUAUUUUUCGAGGUAGCAAGGAAAAAGUGCGAGAAGUGAUGGAUCUCAUACGCUCGAGUAAUGCACAGAGCCCGAGUUGAAACUAGUCCACCUUGAAUUAAAAGUAGCGGUGCUUUGUCUCUUAAAUAAUCGCGAUUUUCUUUCAGCCACGUUAAAAAAAUAUUUUACUGCCUUAACUAUGUUUGUACUAACAAUGAGAAUGAAGUAUUGAGUAUCAGGCACGCUAAAUCGAGGCCCUUGGCCUUUCUCUAGCUAACACACAAAAACAGAUACAGAAAAAAUAAAUGGGAAUCUUCAUAACGAAGAACGCCGCGUGUAAACAUGCGCCUUUGCAUGACGCUCUUGCCAUCAAGGCCUUAUUUCAGGCAUCAUGGGAGUAUAGAAUAUAUAUAUACAUGGGAAAGAGCGUGAGAAGCACAAAUAAAGAACACGACUCCGUUUAUAGUAUACGAACGCUUGGUAAAUAGUAUCGAUGCAAGAAGUGGCCACACUUUAUACAGAAAAGAUUACUGAACAUGAGCGAAAAUGAAUACAUUUAUUUAAUGGUGCAAAAAGCAAAGCAAGCAGGCCUAUUGCAGGGACUAAAGCGAUGCACGAGGUGAAAAAGUCUGCAAGUAUACAUGAGAUUUGACAAAUGUAUCUUAAUAUGUGCAAUCAUUUUCGAUCAGGGGUUGUUUCUGAACGACAAGAAGUCAACUAACUACCAAUUGACCCACACUUUUUAGAGUGUUUAUAUGUUUCAUGAAAGAGGAAAAAACAAAAAAGCUAUACUUGACGUCAAUUCCGCUAGUUCAUCCCCCGAAAGAUUUGCCCCAGUAUCGUCACGUUGGAGUGAAUACAUAAUAAGGCCCCUAAUAAAAUAACUAUAGUAUACAAUGACCAGUCUGCAUCAAAGUUGACGUAACCCUUUCAACGAGCGGAAGUUAUUUGACAGACACAAUGCAUAUACACACAGAUUUAUGAAAAACUAUUGCUUAUUCUGAUACUUUUUAACGGGUAACUUCCGUAAGCGAACUUUACGAGGAAAGAAAUGACAAGAAACGUCACCCACGCAAUACGUAGAGUUGUGCAGCUAACUGAACAGGAAUAAAUCUGAUUCCAGCAUUUACCGGGUAACAGUAGAGUGGCCUAGCUUGUAAUGGCUGAUUAUAACAGGCUUCAUCUACCUGUGCCAUUAAUUUAUAUAUAUAUAUAUAUAUAUAUACAUAUAUAUAUAAUGUAUGAAUUAAUUUUUAAGUUAUCAUGCUGCUACGAAAUAAUGUAGCGUCGUUGGUAACCGAUGAAAAUCUAUUGGCGUGGACAAUACCAAAAAAAUAAAGCAGCUUUGUGACUGGUGUAUUAAACAGCACGAACAGCAGAGCUUUGAAUUAGAAAUUGACAUAAAAAUGAAAUUUGAAAGAAAUGCCUUAUACACUUUUUCCAUGCCUAAAAACUUAAAGCCGUUUGCUGAUUAUCACACACUUGAUUACAGUAGGAUUAUCCAAUAACAGCUCCUUUCUUGAAAACAGCCCACCAUUUAUAGUAUUACAAUAGUGAUAACGUUAAUAACAAAAUCUAAUAUAAUAAAAAAAAAAACAAAAUAUGAAACAUAUUUUUAAAUACACCGAUGACAUACGUCAAUGGUUAUGCGUGACACCGGACGGAUAGCAACAGCAUUUCAUUCGUGCACACGUAAACUGUGACACAAUGUCCGCUUGUUUGUUUUUUUUUUAAUUAAAUUAAUAACAAAAAAUCAGUCUGCAUAGAUACGGACGGUGCAAAAGGAGCACACGAGCGUUGCCACUAAGAUUAGAAACGAUGACGCUUUCGAUAAAGCGUACUCAGUCACACAGAAACAACAUGAGUUAAUCAUAGGAACUAUAUAAACUUGCAUCUGUACAUCAGUAAGUCAAUGAAAGCGUUCACAGACACGCAACCACUUGUUGACUCGUGGCACAAGUAAAAACUACUAUAUAUCUAUAGUAUUUUUCACGGAAAAAAAGGCAUGGGGAAGGAUGGCAAGGAACGCUUCUAUCAACAAAACAAGCAGGUACGAAAACGAUACUGUCGCUAUGCCAUUUGUUAAAGUACAAAUACCCAAUUUUACGACUCUAUGUAGGGUGACUAAUAACAUUAACAAUAAUGAUUACUGAAGAUAACUUGUACGAAAUCCAAAGGGAAAUUGAUUAGCGUGCGUCACCAGGCAUGUACAACAUUCGUCAGCGACAGUCUUACGAUCUUCCAGCUCUGAAUGCGCAACAUGCGCAGACACAGACACCUUUUCUAUGAAGCGUGAUGGAUACACGGCGUGAAAGUAGCACCCGGACACUGCGGCCUGCAAGAAUAGAAAGACAAAUAACCAUAAAUCAAUACCUUUCUCAAAAUAUUAUUAUAAGGUUAACGACCGGAGACAAUUCCAAUAGGACAGAGCGGUGCAUAAGUAGGCAAAGCACAGUGGCAAUGUUAUGCUCUUGUGGCCAUACCCUAUUUCAAUCCUUGCUACUGCAUAUUGUACUGAUGAAGAUCUACCAGCUUCGUGAUGCAGUGUCUCGGAUAAGGUGUCCGAGACAUUGCAUUGAAGAAUACACGACGCAUAAUAACAAUAAUAAUAACAACUAUAAUUUGCUUUCUCUGGGUGGACGAGUGUGAAGGUAACAGGUAUACUGGAAAAGCAUCAAGAAAUGGAAUAGGCAAAAAUAUGACUACUUCCAACAUUGAACAGCAAGCAACAUCAAGAUUAGAAACACAAUCAAUUUUAUCUUCCAGAAAAUCGCAGAGAGUGCGUGUGUGUGUGUGUGUGAGAGAGAGAGAGAGGGUGGGGGUGGGGGGGCACAAAUCCAUAAGGAACAACUGGUGGCUAGAAGAGAUCUUAGCUGCUGUCUGAUUAAUUAAAUGGGGCGUUAAUAAUGGACCGACCUUUCGACACAUGACAACUCUGGUAAUUUAAACAAUUUAAAAUGGAAAAAAACAAUCGUGCGUACGAAAGGAUAUACAUACGCGUUCGUGCCGACACUACGGAAAGUUUACCGUACCAUGGUGUUCGUGGCACUGAGAAGCACUACAGUUCUAUGACAAAAGUGGAACUGCAAAUACUUCUGUGACAAUAAACUUCAGAGGACAAUGAUGAAGAAGCUCCAUUUUCAAUGUCCGUGGAUGUUACUACGAAUAAGUUAAAUGAAAAUCCUACGCGUUUUCUCAACUAUGACCAACUACUUCAAUCGUUCCAAGAUUUCUUUCCUGAUACCCCAAUACAAAUUAGCGGAUAAUUUUUACCGAUUUGUUAGAGAUAAUUAAUUACUAGUAACAUCGUACUUAGGCAAAUGACGCUGUAGUUAACGUCGUUCCGAGGCGACAAUGUCGCAUCUACGUUUUAAUAGCGCAUACAAACCUAGACGUCGUUUGGUGCGUCUGUUAUCGAGCCCUUGCUUGAUAAUGUUAGUUACGAUAAUAACGGACGAUAUAAACGCGAUUAAUAGUAAUGAACGUCAACAAAAUUGCGUACGAAAUUAUCUGAGCACUUAUUCCCUUUUUCUGUUGCAAGCAAGGUAUGUCCCAUACGUAGCACUGUCAGCGUAUUCCCCUGCGUCAAACUAUAGUUUGUAGUUAUAACACUGGGUAGAUAUAUUCAUCAACCAAGCAAACGAAGAAGAUCGGCCUCCUAUAAUGAAUGGAUUUUAACAUUAGCUCGCGCUCUAGUACGUUUGUAAUGAUGACGUUACCUUGCCAGUCCCACGUAACGUACAGGAUAACGUUUAUGUCAGUCAAAGCUUUCUACCAUUCAAGGCCAUCGCUUCUGCAUCAUCGAUCUCUGCGAACAUAUGUGUAUAUAUUAAAAAAAAAAAAAAAAAUAGAGUUAUGUUCG